AUGAGUUUCUCGUGCUCUGAAUCCUGCGGCUUCGACUUCUGCUGUUUUCCUCGGGCCCGAAGAGGGAGGCGAAGAGGAUAUAGAGCACGACAUAUCUACGAAGAAUACGAGCUCAGCCCGACACCAUCGUACGACUCGUGUCCAUACUCACACCGCCGAUCAUACUUUAAUCCAUACAACCUCUUUCGUCGUCGUCCUCAGAUUGUUCUCCCUCCGAAUCCAUUUCUUCUCGCCUCACCUGCGCUUGAAGUGCUGCCAGAUAUUAUACACGAUAUAGCUGGUCUAGAUGUAUUUCGCCUAUAUCGACUUGGCUACUAUCUAGACGGUAACGUCUUUCGUCGGAAUCGCCAAGCUCUCGAGCCCCAAAUCAUCUGCGCUCCUCCAAUCUUCCCCCCAAGAGCCCUUUUCAGACAUACGAUUGCAAACCGAGUACUGCUUCCUCCACCGCCACCUCUCAAGCUCUUCCCCGAAUUACAGCUUCCUGAUCCGGUUCUGCUGAACCCGCUCCCGAAACUCCUUCGCGAGACCUCGAUCGAACACCAACAUCGUCACUAUUCACCUAAGCUACUGGCUCCUGUCGUCAACGAGAUCAAUCAGAUCAAUCUCGUCUCCAAGCCUCCUCUCUUUAACCCAGUCCCUGUUCCAACUCCGAUUGUCCAGCCUCCUGCUGUCGUUAAAGUCUCAGUCCCCAUCCCAGCUGAAGUUGUCCAACAUCCUGUCGUCGUCAAGGUUCCCGUCCCUAUCCCAAUUCCUGUCCCGAUUCCUGUUCCAGUCCCAGUCCCUGUUGCCGGUCCAGUUAAUCAGAUCAUCAAUCAGAUUAAAUCCACAAACAUCUUCUUGAUUGUCUGUGUCCGCCCAGUCCGACCACGCCGCGGAAUACGACCCCUUCUCACGGAUCCAAAUCAAGCAACCAACAUCGAUCCACUAGCCACUGACGAGAUGGUCGGCAUCGGCGGACGUUUAAUGCGGGAUGAGGAACUGGAGGAUAUCCUCGCGAAUACCAUCAGUAAUUGUUUUGGCUCGGACUGGUUCUCUCGGAAUACCAAUACCAGACUUGGGCCCUUGAGAUCGUUGGCCGGGUAUACCAGCUCGGAAAGAGGGUUACAAGAGGGGAUGAUUACGGAUAUGAUUAGGAAGCAUAACCUCGCAGUCCAACUCGCAAACAACAUGGUCAGCAUAAACUCCAUGGUCUCCCAAAUCCACCCCAAAGUCAUCGACUCUGGCCCCGACGCCGGCCGCUUCCCGAGAGAUUUCGAACUCCCCCAAAAAAUCGAAUGGUUCGGCAGACUCAACGACACAACCCUAGACUCCAUCCUAACCGCCUACGACAUCACGCCCCGCAGUCUCUCAGAAACCCUCACAAAUCCCCUGCGCGGUCUUUCCUGGUACGAGAAUGGGCUUCUGGAGAUGAAUCGUGUGAGAGAUGAGUUGUUUGAGAUUAAGUUGUUGUUCUUGUUUGAGUUUCUGGGCGUAGAUUUUUCGGAGUUGGCGAGAGAUGGUGAUCGAUCGGGAUUGGGGUUGAGUGGGAGAUUUGACGAUGGUGGAUUGCUUGGGAGGAGGAAUGGGAGGUUAGGCGGUGGGAGGUUGUUGGGGAUGGGUGGUGAUGGGAGGUGGGGUAUAAGCGAGCUGCAGACCGGUAUUGCGAUCUUGUACCGCACGUUCGAGGACGCUUCAGCGCAGCGAGACAGCAAUAGUAGUCUUCAGGACGAAAAAUAA